AUGUCUAAUCACGGAAACACUACAGGAGUCAAUGAAGGACCCUCAUCCUUCGAGUCAGCCAGCACUGGAAGUUCUGUUGCCCACUCAACAUCUGAGACCCAUUCAAAGAACAACGCCAGCUCUUAUGAGACAUUCGCCGAUCUCCCUGUUCAUCGUCAAAUUGAUCUCGCUGACCGUUCUGGAUUUACCGUUAGACAAUUAACCAUUGCCAACGUGCCACUAGUCCUCCCCAUCUCAAAGGUUAUGAGCUCCUUUGACGCUUCUCAAGCGCCAAAUUUCAAACAAUUUCUCUACAAAAGUGAAUUGGAUUUUUGGAUAUACGGUCUUAUUGGGCAAAUUAACAGCUGCGGCCGGAGUUUUUGGAACAACUAUAUCUAUAAGCCAAUUGUUGGCCAUACUGCCCUUCAGCUUGGUUACGGUAUCAGGUUUGAGAGGGCCCUUGAUGAACUACUCAAGGUUUACAUUUUAAAAACCACGCCUGCAGCUAACCUGGCUGCAGCUGAACAGGCCCGGUGGGACACGUCGCCCGAGUUUCUAAAAACUCCACCUAUGGAUUCGGCGUCUGUGCGGGAAGAAGCCAUGGGGGUCCUAUUUGAACCUGGAAAAAGAAUGGCUCGUAUAGAUCCUGAAAUUCUAGAGCCCGCUGACCUGGGGCGAGUGCUCUCAUUUUACCAACGUCUUAAUCAUAUUGGUUUGCGCAUAUCCCCAAGCCCUGAGCUUAACAUUGUAUUUGCGAUGACGCAAGCUAUCUCAGUAGGAGUUCCAGGUCCUAGUUAUUUCGCCGGGCUUACCAGCAGUGAAAUUGAAACCAAAAUACAAGCUACUGUUACUGAAGCUUCCAAGUGGGCCUCUGUACAGCUGCUCGCGAAGAUCCUCAGAGUCAUCUCUGGGGGGAUUACCAAGUUUGUCGACAUUUUCAAGUCAAGAUCUGGAGGAUGGAGCCCCUGUGAUUCAGUUGAAAUCCCAGCGCUAGUUGAAGCAACUUCUGCAGCCUUCGUAAAAGGUCGAAGAAUUAUUGACGGUUCGACAAAAGUGGUGCCAAAGCAGGAACCCAAGCAAGAACCCAAGCAGGAAUCCAAGCAGGAAACUUCGAAGAAAGCUGGCCACUCUGAUACCAAGCAUGGAAAAGGGAAGCAGUGGUCCAAGGGGUCCGGUGGCAACAAGAGGCGCAACAAUGAAGACAAGCAAGCUAGAAAGUCGAACUCUGAUGGUCAAAACAGAGUUGCUGCCUUGAAAGCUACCGAAUAUCUUGAGGUGGCUCGCGACGAUGUUGAAACUCUUUGCUCUGUUGCUCGGGCUAUCCAAGACGUAUUUGAUAAUGACGGCGGAAGCAGUGAUUAUUCGCCAGUUGCUUUUCUUCCACCUGCCAACCAAAUCGCCUCUGUGGGUGAAACAAAUCUUCCAAAUGUUCUCGAUUCUGGAAAUGCUACUGGUCACCUUAUCUCAGACAACAGCUACUUUGUGUCGUAUGAGAAAUACAGCAGCCCCAAAACCAUCAGCUCCUAUGGUGGUUCCGACAUCGUGUUAGAAGGGGAAGGUAAAAUUGCUGUUGUAUUAAAAGGUGACGGUGGCACCAAUAUUUGCCAUAUUGCUGACGCACUUUAUUUUCCUGCUGGGUCUAGCAAUUUGUUUUCUGAUUCUGUCUGGCGCACGCACGAUGUUUCUUUUCAUACGGUCCCAAGUGGGGAUUGUCUGGCCUAUUUUGGUGAGGAAAAGGUUGGUAGGGUUGGUGGUGCCAAAGAUACCAAGUCUCACAUUUGUGCCAACAUUGUUCCGGUAAAGUUUACUAGGAAUAUCGUACCUCCAACUGGAUCUUUCAAGUUCUCAGGAAAUUCAAUUGACUGGGAUCAGAUUUGCAGACAAGGACCAGAAGCUAUGAGGAAGGUUGAUAAAUCAGCCUUCGCGGUUGGAAAGGGACUACCUGUCCUUUCACAGUCUCUCAAAUUUAUUGCAAAGGAGGCCGUGUUGAAUUCGCAGGCACUUGACUGUCAUGUUCGUUUUGCUCAUUGCUCUUUGACUUCGGUGAAACAUUUAGCCAAGCUUGCUGAUCCUCCCUUUGAGGUGACCAAGCGUGACGAAGAAUUGAUCAAGGACUGUGUCAUAUGUGGCACGUCAAGAAGCAUUAAGAGGUUCACUUCUCCGGAUAAGCAUAUAGCUUCUGAAUCCACGGCUCCGUUAGCCCAGAUUCAUGCUGAUCUCGUCGGUCCCAUAGGUCCUGCCUCUUCAGGGGCCAGGUACAUGCUGAAUAUCAUUGAUGCAUUUUCUGGUUACAUCUAUGCUUUUGCUCUGGAAUCUAAGGAUGAAGCUCCUGGGAAACUUAUCCAGUUCUUUAAGCAGUUUGUGCCCAAAGCUGCUCGCCGUGCUGUUGACGGCAAGGCCACCAAACUUAUUACUGACAAUGGUGGUGAAUUUAUCUCUGGGACACUUGGAAAAUUUUUAGCAGACUGGGGCGUCAUUCAUAUUUUAACUGCUCCUGAUGAACACCAACAAAAUUGGAAAAUUGAGCGUGCCCACCGCACACUGCGUGAGAUAUCUACUAGAGCCUUGAUGCAGUCGACACUCUGGGCCAAUAUCUACUGGGACUCUGCCUGGCUCUACGCUGUGCAGGUAUAUAAUUUCUCCAUAGUUAAUAAAGCCGGUAUCUCACCUUAUGAAGCCUUUACGGGCAGAAAACCACCUAUAGCACUAGUGCACACAUUUGGCUGCCUAGUUUUUGUCAUUAAAUCUGAGUCUCAGAAACUCAAAGGGACCCUUCAGCCUCGGGGCGAGCCUGCUCUGUAUUUGGGUCCCGACCCGUUAAAUCCUAAGAAUUUUCUAUGCAUUACGAGGAACAAGCGCAUUCGGCGCUGUGUACACGGCAACUUUCGUGACCAUGUCUUGCCUGGCGUUAAAUUUUUUGGCGAAAAGCCAAUUCACGAGGGUGACAUUCUCAUUGACUACAGUGAGGUUGGAAAUCGUGACCCUGACUACAGUGACUCUUCCACUGAUGAAUCAGAAAGUGAAGAUGAAUCUGACUCUGACGACUACUCUCCCACUUCACUCUCUGGUGGUGGUGGUGGUGGUAACUUUGGCUGGACUUAUGUGGGCUCUGAGGGAAGGAGCCACAGAUCCAGCAGAUUGGAGGACCAGGAUUCUACUUCUACACCACCCACACCUAUAACUGAAAACUCUUUUCAACCGUUGGAAGAUGAUGAUGUGGAGCUGGUUGCAGAUGAAUCAAUUAGUGUUGUUGACGACAAAGAUACACUUCAGUCUGAGGACCAUAUAUUGCUCGAAGAUUCUGCUGUUGAUGAUGCUGAUUUGAGAUCGGUGAACUCCAACGUAGCUGGUCGCCCUGGUUCCGAAGAUACUAACGAAGAUUUUUCUCACGAAAAUUCAUUUUCUGAACAUAUGGUAAAGCUCCAGAAAGCCUUUGCUCCAGGAACUCAGUCGCCCUCAGUGGUGGCUCAUCAAACAAGUCCGGUGACUCUUCCCAAACAACUACACAUUUUGGAUGAGGAUGACAGUGUGGAUCUUGCGCUGUCUGGAACUGCUGAACUUACCCGCGAGGCUUCAGCUGUUGAAACCGCUAGCCAAUCUGGUGAUGACAAUCAGGAUGCGGUUGACUCAGAAACCAAUGAUGAAGACAUGGAUGGGUCUGUGGAACAUAUACUGGGUUUCGACGAAUUGGAAGACUCAUCAGAUUCUGAAUUUUCGUCUAGCGACGUUGUCAUGGAUUCCUCUACUAAGUUGGAGGAAGCUCCUGCGAGAUGUCGGGGUGCCGCAAGGUUUAGGUAUACGGCAGGAGCUACCGGAGCUACCCCAGCGCCCUCCUCUGAGAGGCUGUUGCUGGGAGCUGGUGGUUCUGAUACUGUUACUACUGCUGCAUCUGGAAGUGGCAGUGAACUGAGAGACACUGCUGAGAAUGAUCGCCCACGCUUACCGCCUGCACCAUCUACUCAGAGGCUCCUGCUAGAGUAUGGGCGAGCAGGGGAUGCUACAAGCUUUGGGGACAAUACAAGCGACGUGCGGCACAGCUCCGUGCAACAAAAUCGACAUAUGCCACUUCCGGCUCCACCUUCGAGACGGUUGUUGUUGGCAGCUCCUCCUCCGUCUUCUUCUGAACAUGAUUCGCAAACUGCUGGGCAAGUAGUUGUUCGACAAACAAGCCAACACUCAGCUCCGGCAGAAGCCCAACAGCCUCUUGCUAAUACUGGAAGAAUUACUAGGUCUGCUGCGGGUACUGCGGGUGCUGCGGGUGCUGCGGGUGCUGCGAGAGUGCCUGCUCCGUCGUCCAGACACCGUCAUCGAGAAGCCUCUCGGGACACAGUUGUUGUUAACAAAAGAUUAGCUGAUUUGAUUGAGCAAAAUGGCUAUUAUGUUCCUAACAGUGCACUUCAGCGGCUGGCGCGAAAAGAAAAUUCUUCAUUAAUUCUAAAUCGCACAAAUCUAAUUACCCGGCCUACUGAUAACCUUCCACUAAAAGUAGUCUCAGAAAAUUCGACUUCAAACUCCUCACCAAGAUUGGAAAAUGAAGCCUCAAAUGGUUCUCCCACAACACCCUCUACCUCUGCUUCUUUGUCCUCGGAAUCAUCUGUACAUUCGGAGCCAGUGGUUACAUCACCAACCUCCUCUGCUGUGACGUCUCCCACAUUAGAAAGUUCUUCUUCUCGUCGUGAUCACCAAACCACUCCUCCCUCGUCAUCGAAUCGCAUGCUGUCGAUAGCACAACGCAAUAUCUUACGCAGUGCAGCUGAGGCCAUCUCAAGAAUCGACUUAGGAGCUUUGAGAAAUCUGCGAAAAAGAAAUCGCUCUACAAGCCCAACCACUACAGCAUCGGGCUUACUUUGGGGCUCUCGCUCUUCCGACCGGCACAGUGACAAACUGAAACUCUCGAACUCUGAGUCAGCUUUGGACUCGGAAUCUAGAUUCAACCCCACUCCCGAUGCGGUUCCCUUUCUUUCUCACACUCACUCGGCAACACACAAUGUCCCUGCUACGUCAGCAUCAGUAGAUGAGGACUCAGUCGUUAGCACUGACUCGCAGUCCCACUCUCCCGCCUCCACAACCGAAGCUGAUGUUGAGGCUACAAGCGAUGAAAUCUCAAUUGCAGCACCCUACAAUUCUGACUCUCAGGGCUCAUCAGAACACUUAGCUGACGGCAUUGACUUCUUACAUGAAACUUUUGUUUCUUCGCCUGCUGAUGAUGAAAUUAUUUUUGUUGAUGAAUCGGCAAGCCCAUCAGGAGAUCCGUCUGCCGGGGCUGUCGACGAUGUCAUUGGCAUUGGCUGCAUCUACUCGAACUCUGAAGAACCAACUGUGAAAGCCCGCAUGGCGUCUGGAAGACUUGACACACUCAGCGCUAUUAACAUUAAGCUUCCAAUUUUGAGGAAUGACAUCAAAGUGUUAGAAUCUAGCAAACCAGGUCUCUGCUUUACGGCUCCUGAUGUGGAGAAUGUUAGAGCUCUUAUCAGCGACAGAGAUUGGGCAGAUCUUAAGGACCGUCCUGCCUUCAUUCGAUUUCCGAAUGUGGGAGUGGCGCUGCUCGACCCUGGCAAGAAGCUAAAAAGGGACCCACGGUCACUUGCGGAAGCCAACAACAGAGAAGAUAAGCGCUUCUGGUUCGAUGCGGCCUAUUCGGAAUUUGCUGCCAUUGAUGGCAAUCAUGUAUACCAAGUUGUGCCCCUCCCGGCGGGUCGCAAAGCACUUGGCACCAAAUGGGUGCUGAAGAAGAAACUCAACACGGAUGGUUCAAUUGACAAAUUACAAGGCUCGUCUUGUUGUUCAGGGGGUUUCGUCAAAAGUUUGGUGUUGACUAUGUUGACACCUUUGCACCGGUAA